AAUUACCGCUUCAUGAAGCUGUUGCUUAGUCGACGUGCCAACUGGAUGCAGAAGGAUCUUGAGGAAAUGACUCCACUUCAUUUAGCUACACGCCACAAAAGUCCGAAGUGUUUGGCUUUGCUACUAAAGUCUAUGGCUCCAGGAGAAGUGGACACCCAAGAUAAAAACAAGCAAACAGCAUUACAUUGGAGUGCCUACUACAACCAUCCAGAACAUGUUAAACUGCUGAUAAAACAUGAUUCCAAUAUAGGCAUUCCUGACAUUGAAGGCAAAAUCCCACUCCAUUGGGCUGCCAGUAACAAAGACACUACAGCCAUUCACACAGUGAAGUGCAUUCUGGAAGCUGCUCCUACUGAAUCAUUAUUGAACUGGCAGGACUAUGAAGGACGAACGCCACUUCAUUUUGCUGUUGCUGAUGGAAAUGAUGCUGUGGUUGAUGUAUUGACCUUGUAUGAAGGAUGCAAUAUAACAUCUUAUGAUAAUUUAUUUCGAACUCCUCUACACUGGGCAGCAUUAUUGGGUCAUGCUCAAAUUGGACACCUUCUACUGGAAAGGAACAAGUCUGGCACUAUUCCAUCAGACAGCCAAGGAGCCACGCCACUGCAUUAUGCUGCUCAGAGCAAUUUUGCUGAGACUGUUGAAGUAUUCUUGAAUCAUCCAUCAGUGAAAGAUGACCCGGACCUGGAGGGACGGACUGCAUUUAUGUGGGCUGCAGGAAAGGGCAGUGAUGAUGUCCUUCGAACGAUGUUAAGAGUAAAAUCAGACAUCGAUAUCAACAUGGCAGAUAAAUAUGGGGGAACAGUAAAGCUGUCCGAUGAGACUCCACAGCUGUUCCUUCUCAUUAUUGGUGGCAGCCGUAUCUUCCUGUCCAGACUUGGCACAGAUUGCAAUAGGUUUGAUAUUUUCCAAGGACGGACAGCACUCCAUUGGUCUUGCAACAAUGGUUACCUGGAGGCUGUUAAGCUUCUGUUGGGCUAUAGUGCCUUUCCUAAUCAUAUGGAGAUCAAUGAAGAGAGGUUCACUCCACUUGAUUAUGCCUUGCUUGGAGAACAUCAAGAGGUUAUUCAGUAUAUGCUGGAGCAUGGAGCACUAUCAAUUGCUGCAAUUCAAGACAUUGCUGCUUCCAAAAUCCAGGCUGUUUACAAGGGUUAUAUGGUCCGCAAGGCUUUCCAGGAGAGAAAAAAUCUUCUCAUGAAGCAUGAACAACUACGGAAAGAUGCAGCCAAGAAACGUGAGGAGGAGAACAAAAGAAAGGAGGCAGAGAUUCAGAAGGAACAGAAGAGAUUGGAAUCCGAAUUAAAUGUACAGCAAAGGGUAGCAAAUCUGGAAAUCAGUUGCCAACUUGCAGAUCUUUAUCCAGUAAAUGGAGAGAGCACUUCCCCUACCAUUUCAGAACAUGAUCAAUUGGAGCUGAGAACUAGGAAAGAUUUUAAAAGGAGUUCUAAAAGCAAAUCUGAAAAGACAGCAACCAUAAGGCCUCUCUUGCAAACUUGGAGGAGUGUAGACACUAUUCAGAGUCACACUUCAUCUAUAGAAACUGGAAAAAGAGAGAUGAAGAAUGGAAAAGAACUUACCAGAAAAAGCUCAAAGGGUAAUCGUGUCAAUGAUCAUCAUCCAUACAAUGAAAGAAGCAUUCCUAAUGAGCUACAGUCUUGUAGACAGCUCACUCCUUCAGAAAAAGGAGAUGCUAACACUGAGAAUGAUGGAAGGAUCCCUGAAAGUGCCCGCAGAUCCAAUGGCUGUAAGUCAAAACCUGCUGGCUUCAGAUCAGCCAGUGCAACAAAAAAAUCGGUGAAACAACAAAAUCCACCUCCAUUAAUUUGUGGUAGACAUCAUAAAAUAACAUCUGAAUCUUCCCAAGAAUAUGAAGUGCCUUGGGCAAAGUGCAGUCGAUUCUCACCUGCUGGUUCAAGUCGGCCUGGAAGUGCCAAAUCUGUGAUUGUAAACAGUACAGACAAUGCCAUGCAAACUAGCACCCAGUGCUCUGAUACCAUCACUUCUGUUUUGCAUCCUCGAGCCUGUCCAAAACCUAGAAGUAUCAGUGGAAUGUAUAAUUAUGCAAUUGAAAAUGCACCUCGGGACAGGACUGGUUCUUCUCAAUCUCCUAGCACUGAUAAUGGUUCAUUUACCACUUUGAACGAUAGGAGCUCUGAUAUCCAACUUAUCCCUUUGGAAAUCCGAGUACAAAUAGUGGAAAAGGAGAGAUUGCGAAAAGAGCUGUUUCGAAAGAAGAAUAAGGCAGCAGCAGUUAUUCAGAGGGCAUGGAAAAGUUACAGGAUACGUAAAACCCUGUUAUUGCUCCUUCGCUGGCGAUGUCAGAAUGGGGACAACGUUGACAAGACAUGGAAGCAAGAAGUGGCUGCCUUCACCAUCCAACUAAUCUGGAGGAAGAAUCUCAGUGGCAGUGUCCUGAAUGGUAUUUCCAGAAAAAGCAGCCAAACAUUCAACAGCAGAAGUUCCUGCACAAGGGCAGCGAAGCAACACUCAGUGUUAAAGCAAAUUUAUGGUAAACCUCAGGAAGAAAAAGGGCACAAUUCACAACAAUCAUCACCUUUUAGGAACGGUCAUAUCUCUGUCCAGAAAAUGUCUGGAGCCCCUGUCAAAGGUAUAUUCCGAAGAGUUAGAUCAGCAUGCAGCACAUCCCUCAGUUCUACGUAUCAUUCCCAACUUACACUUGAUCUGACAACCUUCAAUGGGCACACUGAUUUGAGUAAACUUCAGCAUGUUCAGCUCCUGGGAAACACUGGAAAUUCUAAACAGUUCUCCUACAACAUGAGACCACACACUUCAAAGACCUCCAAAGCUAGACCAAAAGAAUAAGUAGUGACACAGGAUUGUAACCAAUAACGUACGUAGUGAAAAUGUGCCAAAUUCAGUUUAUGGAAUUGUACUGGUUCCCUGUGCACUUCACCAAGGCUUACGGAGUCAAGUACAUUUGGACACAUGUUCUUGAGACAUUAAAACCAGGAUAUAGAUUACAGCUAUUAAAUAACACCAAAAAAUAUUUUACUACUAUAUCAUCUAAAUGUAACAGUUGUUAUAUUACUAGUGGCCGCCAUUUCUCCCCAUAGGCCAGUGUCAACUCUGCAGUAUCCACACCAUUUAAAAAUCGUAAUUUUCAUAUUUUAUCCACAUUCCCUAUAAAAACUACAUGGAUUCUGGGAUGGGAUUCAAAUCCCGAAAGCCAUUUUUGUAAACCUACCUGCCCCUUCAGUCCACGUGGAUUUUAUGUUGGACAACAAUUUAUCAUCUUAGUUAUGAAUUCACUACAAUUAGAAAUUGCUUUUCCUUAUUACCCUUUUCAAAAGCUUUCAUGAUUUUGGAUACGUAACAGCUAGUUUCCCUAGUCUCUACUCCUCUCUAUCUCUCUCAUGUAUCCCACUUGCACAACCGCAACAGUUCCAUGACUUAUUGCAAGUCUUAUUGAAGUCUAACCAGAUAAUCAUUCAUAUUUAACAUUCUCCCUGCUUUUAGACAUUACAUCCCUACUUAUGAAACCAAAGAUUUCUGUUCAGAUUCUCUUUUGAAAGUUUUAGCAUUAAAAUAUAUUUUCUCUAGUUUUUCUUUCCAAAAUAUUUCACCUCCAAUUCUACGUUGACCAGUCCACUAACCUGUUUGUUGCUGUAGUUACUGACAAUUUUCACAGCUAAGAUAUUGCAUAUUUUUGACCAACCUGGGUUAAACAGGUCUCUUAAGGUUAUUUUUUCCUCACAUCAAUUUAUUUUCCUCAUAUCAACAAUUUCAUUUGAAAAUCAUUGUGAAUUUAACAUGCAGCUCAUUACACCUGUUUAGUAAUUCUAUUCAUUUUAAUUUUUGAUACAUGUUACUUCAUUUAUUUCCCCUGUUAUGUCCAAAAAUAUUCACAGCUUUCAGGAUGAAAUCUCAGCUUUGUAAAUGUAGCUGACCAACCUUUCUCAUCUCUAUCACCUUUCACCUUUCUCUACUAACAUUUAUUAAGAAGUGUCCUACAUUAGUGUUUACUGUGAACUUUUUCUGGGAAUAUUUUCCAUGUUCCAGGAAUCCUCUCAAAUAGCAACAUUUCUCUAACUGCUUUCAUCACCGUGAUAAUUCUAGAUUGGUUGAUUUAACACCUAGGUCAAAGAAAUGAAUAGGAAAUCAUCUCUAUUUCCAAACCUUUCAUAAAUGCUGAAAAAAUGUUAAAUCACAGCCUUUUAAACUCGAGCAGGCAUUGACCCACUUGCACCAACUCCAUUUCCUACUUCCAAUGAAUGGUCGUCCUGUUUUCUUCCUCAGUACAUUGGCAGACACAUUGUGCAAGUGUAGUCAUUUUCAGACACCAAGUGUCCAAGACUUCACAUUGUAUACAAGACUCUCCAAUAACUUUGUUAAAUUAAGCUAUCUUAAAAAGGUGAUUAAAUUAAACACACUUUAAUCCUUUAAAUGUAUUUGGAGAUAGCAAGAACUGCAGAUGCUGGACUCCGAGUCAAUAAAGUGUGGAGCUAGAGGAACACCAGAUCUGCUGUGUUCCUCUAGCUCCACACUGUAUUGAUUUUAAAUUUAUUUGUAGGCCCAUUGCAACUAUCAACUCCUAAUCAACUCCACACCUUACUGGUUUCUUAUAUUCUGCUUAUCUUUAUUAAUUUAGUACCAAUUCAAACUUGUACUACUACAUAAUAACCCAAAUGAAACAAUUAACUGGACUAUAUUCAAUUAAUCAUGUUAGCAGUUCAUUAAUGUUAAGACACUCAAACCAACCAGUGAGAGAAAUUUAAAUGGUUGAGUAUUAUUGAAAAAGUUAAAAAGUACAAUAAAAGUAUAUAAACUUAAAUUUAUACUUACUCUAUUCAUUGCCACAGAAUCAAGGAGUUUAUUUUAGGCAACUAAAUCUUUGGGGCCACCCAUAUCUAAGAAAACAUUAAACCAAAAUCAUUCAACUGAAAGAUGCAUAUGUAAUGAAUAUAUAAAUUUGAACACUAUUGCCAUCCUUCAAACAACCAACCCCUCUCAGAUUUUCUUGUUGAUAGUAAUAAUCAACACUUUUCUUCGUUCAUGGGGUGUAGGAGUUGCUGGCUAAUAUAUAUUUCCCUAAUUGCCUGAGAAGGUGGUGGUGAGCUACCUUCAUGAACUGUUGCAGUCCUUAGAGCGUUAGGACACCUACAGUGCUGACAGGGAGGGAGUUCCAGGAUUUUGAUC